AGAGAGUGAGAGCAGAGAGUGAGAGAGAAGAGAGAGGGAGAAGAGAGAAGAGAGUGAGAGCAGAGAGAGAAGAGAGUGAGAGAGAGAAGAGAGUGAGAGAGAGAGGGAGAAGAGAGAGAAGCGUCAUCAUUCCCAGCAGCAGUGAUCAGUGGAAGGAGCUGUGCAGACGUUAUUCCACCAGGAGAGGGCGCUCAGGAGCACAAACGUUAUUCCACCAGGAGAGGAGCACAGACAUUAUUCCACCAGGAGAGGGCGCUCAGGAGCACAGACGUUAUUCCACCAGGAGAGGAGCACAGACAUUAUUCCACCAGGAGAGGGCGCUCAGGAGCACAGACGUUAUUCCACCAGGAGAGGAGCACAGACGUUAUUCCACCAGGAGAGGGCGCUCAGGAGCACAUACGUUAUUCCACCAGGAGAGGGCGCUCAGGAGCACCAGCACCAUGAGUCUGGGCCACGCCUGCAUCUUCCUCAAAGGAGCCAAAAACACUGAACGCAAGCUAGCUGAUGAUGAAAUAGAAGAGCUACGUGAGGCAUUUGAGGAGUUCGAUAAGGACCGGGAUGGACUCAUCAGCUGUAAGGACCUGGGGAACCUCAUGAGGACCAUGGGUUAUAUGCCCACAGAGAUGGAACUCAUAGAACUCGGCCAGAACAUCAACAUGAACCUUGGGGGAAGUGUGGACUUUGAGGACUUUGUGGAGUUGAUGGCCCCCAAACUGCUGGCUGAGACAGCGGGAAUGAUCGGCCUCAAGGAGCUUAAGGACGCCUUCAGAGAGUUUGACAUAGAUGGGGACGGCUCCAUCACCACAGAGGAACUCCGUCACGCCAUGAUGAAGCUGCUCGGGGAGACGACGAGUGCACGCGAGAUCGAAAACGUCAUCCGGGAGGCCGACAACAACGGGGACGGAACUGUCGACUUUGAGGAGUUUGUCAAGAUGAUGAUGUCUAAAUGAGGACUGAAAACAGAACAUCCAUGCACACACACACAAUGAGGUCUAAAUGAGGACUGAAAAGAGAAGACACACAUGAGGACUGAAAAGAGAAGACACACACACACACGCACACAUACACAAGCGCACACAUACAAAUAAGCGCACACACACACACACUGUUGUCGGAGGGUGAAUAUCCACCCUGGCCAGAGAGAAGCAACACGCAUGGACACACUGUUGUGUGUCCACCCUGACCAGAGAGACCAACAUGACUGGGACAUGACCACCCUGACCAGAGACCAGCGUGACUGGGACAUGACCACCUUGGAGACCAACAUGACUGGGACAUGACCACCCUGACCAGAGAGACCAACAUGACUGGGACAUGACCACCCUGAUCAGAGAGACCAACAUGACUGGGACAUGGCCACCCUGGAGACCAACAUGACUGGGACAUGACCACCCUGAAGACCAGCAUGACUGGGACAUGACCACCCUGACCAGAGAGACCAACAUGACUGGGACAUGACCACCCUGAUCAGAGAGACCAACAUGACUGGGACAUGACCACCCUGACCAGAGAGACCAACAUGACUGGGACAUGACCACCCUGAUCAGAGAGACCAACAUGACUGGGACAUGGCCACCCUGACCAGAGAGACCAACAUGACUGACUGGGACAUGACUAAAUACUUUGCUUUUGAUCUAUUUAUGGAAGACUUGUACUCCAAAAUACCAUCCUGUGAUCUCUGCCAUUGAGAGCUACAGUAGCAUACAAAUGGCAUCUCAUUGAGAGCUACAGUUACAAAUGGCAUCUCAUUGUGUUAGUGUUUGGUAGCCCAGCUCACCAUGCUAGUGUGCUGGCUUCAUAAAACAAACAUUUGGCCCUGUUCCAUAUCAGCAGCUAUAGGAAGCAAGUUUGUAUUAGGGACAGAUGAGUAUUCAGCCAAUUUUAUUUCAAAUUAAAUUUCACUUGUAAUUGCAUCAAAUAAACAAUAAAAAAAUUUUGUGUGCCGCCUUGGUCAUUGGUCUCAUGUUAAAGGAGAAUUCUGGCGAUCUUUCAUAUAUAUC